GUAAAACUAUGAUUUCACGUGUAUGCGAAUUCAAUCACUUCUUAUUGACGCGUAUACUCUGCAAUACAUAAACAAAUUGACAGUAAAAUUAGAAAUGUUACUCAGAAUAUUAACAUGUUUAUGUUUAUUAAAAUUAUCAGCAGCAAAACCUGCAAUACACAUAUUACACAUGGACGGUUUCAUAGUAGGAGGCAACUAUUCUAUAAUUGAAGAUUUUCCACAUGUGGCAUUUCUUCAUAUAAAAUGUAAAAAAGAUGGUGCUACUUAUUGUGGCGCUUCUAUAAUAAAUCAAGUGAUACUUUUGACAGCCGCUCAUUGUCUCCAUACAUGUACAGAUAAACAAAAUUUUUCCAUAAGGGCUUUUACAGGAAGCGUUAAAAAGUAUAAAGGUAACAAGAACAAGGUUGUCGGUUUUCAAGUUCAUGAACAGUACAUACACAAGAAUUUCACCAACGAUAUAGCUGUGUUGGUACUUGAAAAGAAUCUGAAGUUUGGGAAAGGUGUGCAGAAGAUUAGCUUGAUGAAAAAUUUGCCUGAGUACAAAAUAGCUGAGAUUGCGGGUUGGGGAUGGAUAGACGACAUGAACACAAAGACAGAUCUUCUAAAGUUUACCAGCCAAGAGAUUAUGAGCAAUGAGGAGUGUUUAAAAAAACUGCCUGGAAUACCCCCCGGGACCAUCUGUGGAUACAAUCCGGAUGGGAGUCAUCCUCAACGAGGAGACUCCGGCAGCGCGCUCGUGAUACACAAACAUAUACAGAUCGGUCUCGCCUCCUUUUUUAAGAGGAACUAUUCCAACAAAACCCUUAUUUACACCAACGUCACGUAUUUCUACGACUGGAUAGAUAAAACAGCAAAAAAUAUGUUCUGUGAAUUUAAAAACGAUAAGAAAGAUUCGUCGGAUAACUGCAACUGUAACUGUAAUUGUAACUGUAACAAGACUAUUAUUAACGAGAAUAAGAAGGCAAGACAUUGA